GCUAAGAAGAUGGCCCUGGAGAAGAAGGCUUUGGGUGGCAAGCCCCGAAGCACAAUCCCUCAAAAGGAUCUUGGAUCUCCAAUGAAUGUGUUCAAGGGUUACGACCUUCAAGAGUUAAACAUUCCAUUGGAGUGCAGACCAGGGGAGCAGGGAUCAUACCAGGGUCGCCACGGCUACACAGCAAUUGAAGUUCUUCUCAAGAAUCGCGCCUUCGUGGUGAAGCGACUUCCAGCUGACAUGCCCCCGUCUGCUGACAAUCGGAAGGGCCAGGUCACCUGGUCGAAAUAUGAGUCAGUCUUGGCAGCAUGGAACGAUGCCAA